AUUUCAUAGCCCCAUCGAGCCGAUCCAUCCGUCGUUGACUUGACGUUUAAUAUCCAGCUUCAUACCAGCAGCAAUGGCCUGUGAUAUAAUUGGGAUAUCUCACCAUAUGAAUGCGAAUCACAAGCAAGCUUGUAGUGACCUUGAGAAGGCCAGUCUAUUCAUCAUAGAAGCAUUGCAGAAUGAGAUCCAGAGAAAUACAACUCUGUGCAUGUUAAUCCACCGUCUGGAAGAGAGGGCAGCUGAGAAUGAAAGGAGUCUAUCAGAGCAGGUGGAGUCAAACCAGCAGCUGAAGCUCUAUGUUGAUGAACUACAGAAACAGCUGGAAGACAAAGACAACUCUCUAACACAAGCCAAAGAGAUUAUUGUUGUCCUGAAGAAUGAACUGGGGGACCUGAAACGGCAGCUGCAGAACCACCAGAGUAAUCAUGGGACGAGUCAAGAAGUGACUGACUGGCAACAGGAUGAGAGCAUGACCAAUAUUGUGAAAGAGGAGGAUGGUGUCCAGCAGAAUGUUCUUGGUGCAGUUAAAGAGGAAGAUGCUGAAAAUGCAUAUCCGUUUAGUCAGUCAGGUGAAAUGGACAACUCCACAGAACAGACAAACUCCUCAUCUACCUGCACCAGUUCCAUUCUAAUGCCUGCAGAGUGCCCAUUUAUUUUUCCCAAGAAUUAUCAGGAAAGUUUUGGUUAUCAAUUGAAAUGUACAUUUUGAACCAAUGGUUGUUAUUUGUAGUGCUAGGAAGCAAGCCACACUUAAAGGUUGUUUUGUAAAAAGGAAAGAACCCC